AUGGCCAAAUUGUUACCUAUAGUAGCCCAGGAAGAUUUGGAUAGCUUCAGUUUGACCAGGACAAGCUCAGGCUUUGCACUCAAAGCCUUUCAUACUUCUUGGAACACUCCCAUCUUGGUGAAGCUGUUGACCAGCCAGGACACUACAGAGAGGGAGUGGAAGUUGCUACUUCAGGAUAUAGCAAAUGUCAGACACUAUGAGUCUGACCGUCUCCUGCCUUCUCUUGGGAUUUACCAGUACCAUGGACUUGUGGGGAUAGUGACUGAGUGGAUGAACAAUGGAUCCCUCCACUCACUCAUCCAUGAGCAUCAGCUCUACCCAGAACUUCCGUUUCCCUUACUUGUAAGAAUCCUGUCGGAUGUGGCUGAAGGGCUGCAUCACCUUCACAGCCUCGAGCCUGCUUUCUGCCACUGCAGCCUGAAACCUUCCAAUGUGCUUCUGGAUACGCAGUACAGAGCCAAGAUAUCAGAUUAUGGUCUAACCAACUGGAGGAAACAGCAACUGAGGUCAGACCUGCAGAACUGCAACCAAAGAAACUGCCAGGAUUUAGUGUACCUCGCUCCUGAAAUACUUGAAGGAGGCCUUCCUUCCCAGGAAGGUGAUAUUUACAGUUUUGGAAUACUGUGUUGGGAGAGCCUAAGCAGACGGAAACCUUUUGAAGGUCAGGCAACGCUGCUGGAAGUUUUGGCAGGAAUCUGCAACAGCUUGCGGCCUGGCAUUUCAGAAAAGUUUAUACUGAGCAAUUUGCCCGAGAGGAAUAGACUGUUGCGCCUUAUUGCUCUGUGCUGGCAUCAAGAACCAGAUUACAGACCACGUACUGCAGAAUGUGUAGACCUUCUAAAUGGAAUUUUGACUAGUAUAAAUAAGGAGGCAAUUUCCACUGCAAUCUACAGUCUGAUGGAUGCAAAGGAGACAGCUCUUAAUGCAUGCAAAGGUUCAGAAACAUACACAUUGCAGAUGGGCAUACGCAAUUCAGAGGUCAUCUGUCCUCAAAAAACCAACUGCAUAAUCAGCAAGAAAAUUCCUUUUGUAGUGCCAAGCUUAUCAACUAUUCUACUUGGUAGCAAUGCAAAUAAUGCAGGAGGAGAAAAUAUUCUUGAUACACGUCUGUCACAUACUGUCCCACAGAACACAACAAAGAAAGAUCACCCAGGCUCUGACAGAAGAAAAUCAAAUUCCUUUUGCACGAUUCCUUUAUCUGGUUCAACUGCAGUCAAAGAAAGCAGUCAGCGUAAGGACCCACCGCUGGGUGUUAAGGACAGACCACAAACUACGUAUCCUGAACAAGCAGCGACAGAUCCUUGCUGCAAAGGAAACUGCUGUCAAAUACUAGCCUGUCAAAGACAGACCAUACUGAGCUGCAUGACAGAAGGACGCCUCAACCACAUCCUUGAUGUCCUUCGCUCACAGCAAACGUUGUCCCGAAUGGAUUAUGAAACAAUUACCUCGUACCCCACAGUGACUGGGCGUGCUCGGGCAUUGCUGGACACUUGUCUUUGCCUUGGGGAGAGGGCAGCACAGGUUGUAGUGACUGUGCUUUCAGUGACCAAAUGUAGUCCUCUAGGACGAGGCAGCCAUUGCUGA